AUCGCUGCGGCGUGGGAGCCCCCCGUCACCUACGAUUUGCGCUUGCGCCCACCUACGGCUACGCAUAGCCCUACCCCUACCUAUAAAGCUGCGCGUCCGUCUGUAGGUGCGGCCGCCAGUGCUCUACUCCUGCCGCCGCUGCUGGCCUGUGGCGCCGCUGCCCGGCCACUGCACGUCUGCACCGCACCCACCACCCACCCCGUCUCGCUUUGCUGCCGCGGCAGGCCGUCCUCCUCGUCCAGACCAGACAGACAGCACCGGACCGGCCCGGACCCACGCCUUCCGCGGCCGGCGAACCGGCCCGGCCCGGCCCGAGAGAACCGGUGGUCCGAGGCGGCUCACCCACCGGUUCUCUUUUUGUCCGAAUGCCACAGCUGCGCGUCUCUCUCUACUCCCUACAAAGAGACCACACCAAAUCCCCCCCCUACCCCAUCUCCCCCCCCGCCUCUGCUCUCCUUUCUCCCGUCCCCGCACAAAAACAUUUGCCCCCCACCCGGCCACCCCUCCCGAGUCCCGACUGCUACUGCCGCUGCCUCCUCUCCCUUUCCGCCUGCCUUCGCUCUCCUCGUCGUCUCCUCCGUCUAGGGUUCUCCACCCCACCCGCCCCGCCGCCGCCCGAUCCGAGGCAGAUGCCGCCCGCAGCCAUGGCGCUGCCGUCCCAGGCCCCGUCUAACUCAGGGGAUCCGCUGUACCCGGAGCUCUGGCGCGCCUGCGCCGGCCCGCUCGUCACCGUCCCCCGCGUCGGCGACCUCGUCUUCUACUUCCCCCAGGGACACAUCGAGCAGGUGGAGGCGUCCAUGAACCAGGUUGCCGGGAACCCGAUGCGUCUCUACGAUCUGCCUUCCAAGCUGCUCUGCCGCGUGCUCAACGUCGAGCUGAAGGCGGAGACCGACACCGACGAGGUGUACGCGCAGAUCAUGCUCAUGCCGGAGCCCGAGCAAAACGAUGUGGCUGCCGAGAAGACGAGCUCUGGGUCUGCUGCGCCACCGAGGCCAGCGGUCAGGUCAUUCUGCAAGACGCUCACCGCCUCCGACACCAGCACACACGGCGGCUUCUCUGUCCUGCGCCGCCACGCUGACGAGUGCCUCCCUGCCCUGGAUAUGUCCCAGUCGCCUCCCACUCAGGAGCUGGUGGCGAAGGAUCUGCAUGGCAUGGAGUGGCGAUUCCGCCACAUCUUCCGCGGGCAACCCAGGAGGCAUCUCCUUCAGAGUGGUUGGAGUGUUUUUGUCAGUUCCAAAAGGCUUGUUGCUGGAGACGCCUUCAUUUUCCUCAGAGGAGAAAACGGUGAACUUCGAGUUGGUGUUAGGCGCGCUAUGAGGCAGUUGUCUAAUGUACCUUCUUCGGUUAUAUCUAGCCAAAGCAUGCAUCUCGGGGUUCUUGCGACUGCAUGGCACGCUAUUAACACAAAGUCCAUGUUCACUGUCUACUACAAACCUAGGACGAGCCCUUCAGAGUUCAUCAUUCCAUAUGAUCAAUAUAUGGAGUCAGUAAAAAACAAUUAUUCUAUUGGGAUGAGAUUCAGGAUGAGGUUUGAAGGGGAAGAGGCCCCCGAGCAGAGGUUUACUGGUACAAUAGUUGGCUGUGAAAAUCUUGACCCACUAUGGCCUGAUUCCAGUUGGAGAUACUUGAAGGUGCGCUGGGAUGAGCCUUCUACUAUCCCGCGGCCAGAUAAGGUCUCUCCCUGGAAGAUAGAGCCUGCUUCAUCACCUCCUGUUAAUCCUCUCCCUCUUUCUAGAGGAAAAAGACCUAGACAAAAUGCACCUCCACCUUCCCCUGAAUCAUCUGUUCUCACAAAAGAAGGUGCAACCAAGAUUGAUACUGAUUCUGCUCAAACACCACAUCAAAAUUCGGUCUUGCAAAGUCAAGAGCAGAUGAGCUUUAGGAACAACCUGACUGAAAGCACCGACUCUGAUUCCACUGUUCAGAAGCAGAUGAUGUGGUCCCCAUCACCCAAUGGGAAAGUUCACACUAAUUUUCAGCCGAGACCUGCUAUGGAUAACUGGAUGCCAUUGGGAAGGCGUGAAACUGACUUCAAGGACACCCGUUCUGCCUUCAAGGAUGCCCGCACCGCUUCUCAAUCGUUUGGAGAUACACAGGGGUUCUUUAUGCAAGCUUAUGAUGACAGUCGUCACCGUCUUUCUUUCAACAAUCAGUUUCAAGAUCAGGGUUCAGCUCAUCGCUUUGCAGAUCCAUACUUCUAUAUGCCUCAACAACCUUCUCUGACGGUUGAAUCAGGCACAAGGACGCAAACAGCGAACAAUGACUUGCGUUUUUGGAGUGAGCGGAAUUCGAUGUAUGGUAAUCCAAGUGACCAACAGCAGGGUUUCAGCUUUGGGCAAAACACAUCAAGUUGGUUGAACCAGCCACUUCCCCAGGUUGAACAGUCACGAGUGGUCAGGCCGCAUGCAACGGUUGCUCCAUUUGAUUUAGAGAAGACUAGAGAAGGCAGUGGGUUCAAAAUAUUUGGUUUCCAAGUUGAUACAACCAAUCCAUCACCUGUCCAAUUGAGCUCUCCAUUGUCUGCUAUCCGAGAGCAUGUGGUACAAACUCGACCAUCGGCACCAGUGAAUGAAUUGCAACCUGUGCAAAUUGAGUGCUUGCCUGAGGUGUCCGUAAGCACAGCUGGAACUGCAGCUGAGAACAUUCAGCAAGUCCAGCAAAGUUCGAAAGAUAUUCAAAGCAAGUCCCAGGGCGCUUCAACAAGGAGCUGUACAAAGGUUCAUAAGCAAGGAGUUGCGCUUGGCCGGUCCGUGGACCUCUCUAAAUUCACCGACUACGGUGAGCUCAAAGCGGAACUAGACAAGAUGUUUGAGUUCGAGGGCGAAUUGGUAUCUGCUAACCGGAACUGGCAGAUCGUUUAUACCGACAACGAGGGUGAUAUGAUGCUUGUCGGAGAUGACCCGUGGGAGGAGUUCUGCAACAUAGUGCGCAAGAUCUACAUCUACACGAAGGAGGAGGUCCAGAAGAUGAACUCGAAAUCAUCCGUGCCGAGGAAGGAGGAACCCCCAGCAGCAGGCGAAGGCUGCGCCGCCGCCGCCGCAAACGAGUAGGAUGUCUGCCUGCACUGCAGCAAGCAGUUUUAGAUGACUAGGUCGUGUGGAGGAAGCCGACGAUGAUGCAUGCGUGAUGAACCCGUUCCUUGUGCAGGAGGUGGUGCCAGCCCGGGUCCCAGGGAAGUAAAAACUCCUGAGAUCUUUUGCUUGUCCGUUGCAGCCCCAUCCCCCGUCCGUUUGGGUUUUAGUUGGGAACGUAGAAACUACUGUCUCCGCCUGCUUCUCCGAAGCUCGCUGUUGGUAGCAAGUUUUAUUGCUAGUAUUAUUGUUAUUGCUGAUUUGCUCCCCUCUGCCUUUGCGAUGUAAAUAUUUGUGUACCCAGCCCCAGCCCCAGCCCCAGCCCCAGCUUGUAGUGAGCAGUAACAAGCAGUAGCGGUACCUUCGGUAUUAACCGGCAGCUAGCUAUUUCGCGGCAUUUUAAUCCCUGUAAGCGUAGCUCUGUGGCGUGAGAUAGAUGACAAACACUGGGUAUAUGUAUGUCUGAUCUUUCUCACUGAAUGUACCAUAAGAGAGUUUGUAGAGUACCUGACCUGUGACCAA